UUGCAGCAAACCCCGAACCAAUUGUGGAGGCACCGAAACGCGAUCACAGAGUAUCAAGCCUGGGUCAACUACAGAUUGGCGGUCUCACAGCUAAAUCUAUACUUUGACGGACGGCAAACUGACAACAGCUGCAGGAAGCUGGCGAGCUGCAAAGGACACAAGGAAACCUUAGCUCACAUCUUUUGGGAAUGUCCUUGUGCGAAUACGUGCUGGGAAGCGCUAGUAACGCACUGGACUGGGCAACGCUGCCAACAGCAUGAUCUGGCUAAGUUCAAGGCGAAUUGUAUGUCAAGAUCGCCGCCGAAACUGUCGUCGGUGAUGCAGGCUAGGCUGCAAGCAACCUUCACAGACGAAGUGGAGGCGUACGUGAUCGAGUGGAACCGAGUGUGGUGGAUACUCAGUUCCAUUUGUAUAACGGUCCUGUGGAUCCAAAGAAACCGGGUGACCCAUCAGCAGGGGCAAGUUACGCAGCAAGGAAGUAAACAAGAAUUUUGGAAGACUGGGCUGCAGCAAUUGAGGGCACUGGCGCGACGCGAACGUUGGCACCCACACACCAAAAUACAAGGCACGCGCCUGCUCCUCUGUUUAGGAAUGUUGGCGCGACCGCUUCAAGAGGCACCACCGCAAGGGAUCGCACGACGACACCGGCGUUGA